AUGUCUAAUCCACCCAAGCAAAAAUCCAAACAACAACUUCCCACAACCUCAAUUGCAUCUCCAUCAAACAAACGACAUUUGAUCUCAGUGAGUUACGCAUUCGUUUUCUGUAAGUUUUACUUCUUUAUAUCACACACAACCCCUCUUUUCUUUCCAUUGUCAAGCUUUCUCUAUCUUUUUCUCUUCUUCCAUCUAAUAAUUCUAACAAGAAACAAGAGUUAUUCAAGGCACAAGAUAAAAAUGGAGGCAAAACAGACGAGUGUUUUGCUAAUCGGCAUACUGCUUGUAAUUGUUUCGAUCGCGAAUGCUGAUUCUUCAACACAAGUAUUGGUGAAGAAGGUGAAGGGGAAGAAAGUAUGUGAUAAGGGUUGGGAAUGUAAAGGGUGGUCGGAGUAUUGCUGUAACCUUACAAUUUCCGACUACUUUGACACCUACCAGUUUGAGGAACUCUUUGCAAAAAGAAACUCUCCGGUGGCCCAUGCCGCCGGAUUCUGGGAUUACAAGUCUUUUAUCACCGCCUCCGCCCUUUAUCAGCCGCAUGGAUUUGGUACAACCGGCAACAAGACUACCCAGAUGAAGGAGAUCGCGGCGUUUCUUGGCCAUGUUGGUAGUCAAACUUCUUGUGGUUAUGGAGUGGCAACUGGAGGACCAACAGCAUGGGGAUUAUGCUACAACAAAGAAAUGAGUCCUCCCCAUGAGUAUUGUGAUGAUUUCUACAAGUACACUUACCCUUGUGCCCCUGGAGCAGGAUACUAUGGUCGUGGUGCUUUGCCCAUUUAUUGGCAAUACAACUAUGGGAAAAUUGGUGAAGCCCUAAACGUAGAUCUUUUGAACCACCCUGAAUACAUCGAACAAAACGCGACCUUAGCCUUCCAAGCUGCAAUUCACACGUGGGUAACCCCAAUGAAGAAGGGUCAGCCCUCAGCCCAUGAGGCAUUUGUGGGUACUUGGAAACCCACCAAAAACGAUACUUUAGCCAAAAGAUUCCCCGGUUUUGGUACCACAAUGAAUAUCCUUUAUGGUGAUCGUACAUGUGGAAAAGGCGAUGUGGAUGACAUGAACACUGUGGUUUCCCAUUACUUGUAUUAUCUUGACUUGAUGGGUGUUGGACGUGAAGAAGGUGGGCCCCAUGAGGUGCUGACGUGUGCUGAGCAGAAACCCUUUAACCCCUCGGCUUCAACUCAAGCGUCUUCAAGGUAA